AUGGUCUGGGGCAAGAGCGUCACCGACCAUAUGCUCGUUAUUGAGCAUGACCCCGUCAAUGGCUGGAAGGAUCCCGAGAUCAGGCCGUAUGGUCCUUUGUCCCUCGACCCUUCGUCGUCGUGCUUCCACUAUUGUCCUUGUGUCUUCGAAGGCAUGAAGGCAUACCUUGGCCCCGAUGGCGAGCCUCGUCUCUUCCGUCCGGAGCUCAACCUCGCACGGCUCCUCCGCUCUGCAAAGAGGGCAACCCUACCCGAGUUCGACCCCGAUGCCCUUCUCACCCUCCUCAAGCGCCUCAUCGCUGUCGAGGCACGCUGGAUCCCCGGCAAGCCCUGCUUCAGCCUCUACAUUCGCCCCACCAUCAUCGGUACCCGUCCAUCCAUCGGCGUCGCCCCCACCGACGACUACGGUAUGAUCUACAUCAUCCUCAACCCCAGCGCGCCCUUUUUCCUCCCCGGCGUUGGCAAGCCGCUCUCCUUCCUCGCUGUCGAAGACCGCGUGCGCGCGUGGCCCGGCGGGACGGGCGCGUACAAGAUGGGCGGCAACUACGCGCCCGCGUUCGAGUCGCAGAAGGCGGCGAACGCGCGCGGGUACGACCAGAACCUGUGGCUCAUCGGCGAGAACCGCCAGAUCUGCGAGGCGGGGCUGAUGAACUUCAUGGUCGUGCGGAAGAGGGAGGAUGGGGACGUCGACCUGAUGACGCCCGAGCUCGACGGCACCAUCCUGCCCGGCGUCACCCGCCAGUCCAUCCUCGAGCUCGCCGACGCGCACACGCAGGGACGCACCACGCUCCCCGGCCUCUCCCCCACGCUCAAGAUCCACACGCACGAGUGCCUCAUCACCAUGCCCGAGGUGCGCCAGUGGAACGCGGAUGGCUCCCUGCUUGAGGUCCUCGCCUGCGGCACGGCGUCUAUCGUCGUGCCCCUCGCCCGGAUUGGGUUCGAGGGCGAGGAUGUGGUCUUCAAGAAGUACGAGGACGGGUAUGGGCCGGUGGGCAAGGCGUUGUGGCAACGACUCGUCGACAUUCAGGAGGGGCGGUUUGAGUGGGAGGGGUGGAGUGUGCCGUGUUAG